AAGAAAAAAAGAUACAACCAACAGACAUUUACCAUUGUCAUUUUCGGAUAAAAAUAAAAAGAUAUUUUAACACUUUCCACAUCUGUAAUGCCAUAUUCACAAAAUAUUUACACUGAAAGUGUGUCUUAUGUAUUACUGAACACUUUUCAAGACAUCAAAUGUUGCAUUUUGGGUUCUGGGCCAUUAUUAAGGAACGCAGCUUGAGGGCUGUUCCUGUUCAACUGCUGGUGAAGGGGGCGUCUCUCACUGGUCAUCAGACUUGUGCUGGGAAGCGAGAGAGCAAGCCACUUCCUAUCCCGCGCUGUGCGUUUGUCUUCUUCAGCAGUUUUGUCAAAAAACUGACAAAACAAAGCAGCAUUUUAACCAAACAUCAUGAGUAACAUCAGCUUAUAAAACAGGACCAAUGCGACUUCUCCCUAUGUGCAAAAGUGUUCGAACACCAUGCAUCGCAUCCAUUGCUCACAAGUCCGCUGUCUCUUGCUUCUGUUCGUUUUGUUCAUGCUUGAGUGUUAUUUUGGUCUGUUAGUUAAUAAUAAUGCAACAAAACCAAGGAAAAUAUAUUAUUUAACUACGGACAAAAAUGAGAGUCAUCAUGAACAAGUCUAUUAUAAAUAUCCGUUAAUUAAUGGUGAGAAAGUCGCAAUGGACUACAAUAUCGGAUACAACUCUUCAUAUGAUUGGUUCAUGGCAAUGAAAAAGUUCUUCAAAAAUAUUGGUGAAAAUGAAACUGUAAGAUAUAAGAAAAACACGCCCAAUUGUAAAUUAGAUACGACUACAUUGGGUCCUAUAAAAGUCCUUAAAAAUAAAACAAAUCUGGAGUAUGUAGAAGAACAGAAUCCUCACGUGUUGCUUGGGGGCUACUAUGCGCCUGCGCAUUGCCGUUCAACCUAUCGUGUAGCUGUGAUAGUACCUUACCGGGAUCGUAAAGACAACUUGGCUAUUUUCCUUCGUCACUUGCAUCCAUUGCUUAAAAAACAGUUACUGGAGUACAGGAUAUUCGUCGUUGAACAACAUGGUACAGAGAAGUUCAACAAAGGCAGUCUAUACAACAUCGCGUUCCUGGAGACGCAGCGGUUCGGCUCGUGGGACUGCCUGGUGUUCCACGACGUGGAUCUCAUCCCGGAGCACGAAGGCAUCCCCUACUCCUGUAACCAACACCCCACACAUAUGUCACCUGCAGUUGAAUCCUUCGGAUAUGUUCUGCCGUAUAAACUCAUCUUCGGUGGUGUAACUGCCCUCACUCCGCAACAUUAUAGAUUAGUCAAUGGCUACUCUAAUUUUUAUUGGAAUUGGGGCGCAGAGGACGAUGAUUUUUAUGGCAGGUUAGAGUCAAGAAAUAUUACCGUGUCGCGGUAUAAUAGUUCAAUAGCCAGAUAUGCCACACUUCCACACAACUGUACAAAGAUGGGAAAAGAACGAGCUCUACUCUUAAUGAUAUCCAAAAUACGUUACCAAAAGGAAGGUCUUUCAACCACUAUUUACAGGCUAAUAAACGUUACUGAAGUUAAACUAUAUACCCACAUAGUAGCCGAUGUAAAUCCCACUAAAAUGAAACUGGAUAUGAAGAGCUUGAUGCAAAGAGUUCUGAGUCUGUAUGGCCAAACUAUUGUUUAUGGACACAAAGAAUUUGUUUUGUCGAACCCGGCUAAGUUUGAAAGGAUUUAGUUUUUUUUUGUUGUUACAAAGUAUUUUUUUAUUUUUCUUUUUUUAGCAAAGCUUAAAAAUGUUUCAAUCCUUCUGAGGACACAUUAAUUUGACUAUGUUCUAAAAUCACCUUCCCAUUAGCAAAUUAUUAUUAAGUACGGAGAGGUCAAAACCAAAAGUAAUUAUAUGUAUAACAAAACUGCUGGCAUUUAUUUCGGAUAUAAGAUUUUUUUUAACUCACUUUUGUCAUCAGUUGUCUCUCUGAUAUUAUUUUUGUGUUUUGCCUGUAAUUUUUGCUUGCUGAAUUUACUUAGGUACAUUCUUUGGUUGAAAAGUACAAAUUCUUUCUCUUCUUUCUCACCAUGAACCUAACAUUCAAUUGGGUAUAUUGUAAAAAAAAAUAUUGUUUUAAGAAAAGUAUUGUAUUUGUGUUAAAUAUUGUAUUUCGAAUUAAAUAAUUUAAAAUCCA